GGGCGAGCCAAGGAAAAGAAGUGCAAGCGUGGCUGCAAAGUUUGCCCCUCUUGUUACCCUCAGGCAAAUGAAUGAUUUAGAAAGGCCCCAGGGGCUAUUUUUUGCAGGAACGGUCACUCCCUAAAUCCAGGCAAGGAAAGGGAGGAGUCUGAGCCGAGUCACGCCCCUUCUCCUGUAAACUUGGGUCGCUUCUAGCUUAGCAAGCGCUGGAGUUUGAAGAUCAGGCAGUAGCUGCACACGCCGAACUUUCCCUAUGGCUUCGGUGACCAGGGCCGUGUUUGGAGAGCUGCCCUCGGGAGGAGGGACAGUGGAGAAGUUCCAGCUGCAGUCAGACCUCUUGAGAGUGGACAUCAUCUCCUGGGGCUGCACGAUCACAGCCCUAGAGGUCAAAGACAGGCAGGGGAGAUCCUCAGACGUGGUGCUUGGCUUCGCCGAGUUGGAAGGAUACCUCCAAAAGCAGCCAUACUUUGGAGCAGUUAUUGGGAGGGUGGCCAACCGAAUCGCCAAAGGAACCUUCAAGGUGGAUGGGAAGGAGUAUCACCUGGCCAUUAACAAGGAACCCAACAGUCUGCAUGGAGGAGUCAGAGGGUUUGAUAAGGUGCUCUGGACCCCUCGGGUGCUGUCCAAUGGCAUCCAGUUCUCACACAUCAGUCCAGAUGGUGAGGAAGGCUACCCCGGAGAGUUAAAAGUCUGGGUGACAUACACCCUGGAUGGCGGAGAGCUCGUGGUCAACUAUAGAGCACAGGCCAGUCAGGCCACACCAGUCAACCUGACCAACCAUUCUUACUUCAACCUGGCAGGCCAGGGUUCCCCAAAUAUAUAUGACCAUGAAGUCACCAUAGAAGCGGAUACUUAUUUGCCUGUGGAUGAAACCCUGAUUCCUACAGGAGAAGUUGCCCCAGUGCAAGGAACUGCAUUCGACCUCAGAAAGCCAGUGGAGCUUGGAAAACACCUGCAGGACUUCCAUCUCAAUGGUUUUGACCACAAUUUCUGUCUGAAGGGAUCUAAAGAAAAGCAUUUUUGUGCAAGGGUGCAUCAUGCUGCAAGCGGGCGGGUACUAGAAGUAUACACCACCCAGCCCGGGGUCCAGUUUUACAUGGGUAACUUCCUGGAUGGCACAUUAAAGGGCAAGAAUGGAGCUGUCUAUCCCAAGCACUCUGGUUUCUGCCUGGAGACUCAGAACUGGCCUGAUGCAGUCAAUCAGCCCCGCUUCCCUCCUGUGCUGCUGAGGCCUGGUGAGGAGUAUGACCACACCACCUGGUUCAAGUUUUCUGUGGCUUAAGAAAGUGUGAAGAUAUGAUCCGGUCCAGGGCUAGGCUCAGCCGCCUGUCUCCUGUCCAGAAAAAAGGUGAAGAUUAAGAAGCUUUCAGAAUGAUUCUAUGGAUUAAAAUCAUACAAAUGGUGGCUGUCGUGAGAAUCAGUCUGGGUAUUGAUUUCCUUUUCCAAUGACUGGCUCCAGGCCAUGUCUAAUGACCAGCUCGAUUCCCUGUGCAGUUCAGAGGGCAAGAGAACCCAACCAACAAUGUCGUCAUCUAAGCCCUGACCCUAGCCAGGGACUCCCAUGCUGCUGUUGGCUCCAUCUCUCCACGCUGCCUCUUUCUUUUCAACUUUUCACCCUUCCUUUCUUUAAAGCUAUUCUCGCAUUGCUUUUGUUUCCUCCUCCUUCACCUCCAACCACUGUCAGCAGCACUCUGGAGUUUUCAAAUGUCACGUUAGCCUCACCCUGCAUGCUAGGAGAUGGACCUGUCUCUAUACAGCAGUAGAUGAUUGAUAAGUGAGGAAACUGAGGCUUAUAGAGGUUGAAGACCAACAAGCCAAUAAAUAAAAAGUUGUGGCCGGGCACGGUGGCUCACGCCUGUAAUCCCAGCACUUUGGAAGGCCGAGGCAGGCGGAUCACGAGGUCAGGAGAUCGCGACCAUCCUGGCUAACACGGUGAAACCCCAUCUCUACAUAAAAAAUUAGCCAGAUGUAGUCCCACCUGUAGUCCCAGCUACUUGGGAGGCUGAAGCAGGAGAAUUGCUUGAACCUGGGAGGUGGAGGUUGCAGUGAGCCAAGAUCGUGCCACUGCACUGGGCAACAGAGCAAAACUCCAUCUCAAAAAAAAAAAAAAAAAGACAGACCAAAAAAAAAACAGCUCUCUCUCUCUCGGGAGAGGGAGGGGACUUCCGAGAGGAAAAGGCCUACAAGAGCCUUUGGGUUAACUGAGAAAGCACAGCCCGGCCAACGCUUGGGAAGAAAGGCAGGCAAGCACUGGAGACAGGAGCUAUUAGGGUGAGGAGAGAGCCUUGCCUUUCACAGCACAGUGAGGAUGACAUUGCACCAUGGACAGAGGUUGUGUUAUGUGACAAGACUGGGGGCUUCUUCUUUCCUAGACAAUCAAAGUAUCGGUGAUGGGUUUUGGUUGGUGAUUUUGGGAAAAAAAAAAAAGUAUGUUAUACUAAUAUAUACUGUACUGAAUUGAAAUAAAACCAAAAUCUGCAUCUUCAGAA